GGUGCAGCAACGAGAACCAGUGAUGCUAUGCAGGGUUCCAGGACGCCUACCAUGGGCGACAAAGUUGGAGAGGUGCGGAGGCAGCAGGCUCAGCACAUACAGGAAAUCCGAGAGAUGGAGAGACAGGAGCGGGACAAGGCGGAAGAGCUCAAGAAACAGGACGCAAUCCGCCGUUUGCAGGCCUACAACGAGCGUGAGAAGCUGGCACGCAUUGCAAACGAGGAAAAGCGAAAGGCUGACGAGAAAGUGAAGGAUGAGGAGAGGGCUACAGAAGAGGAGCGAAAGAAGAAAGAGAUGUAUGACAUCAAGAACUAUCCAAGAACUGAAGACUUCUGUAAGAACGAAAGCCUUGGUGAAAAUUUGUGGAGCGGAGCUGCACACUGGGCGUCACGCUGCAGAGGAUGGGCUUUAAACUCAGGUGCAGAGAGACUGAGUGGGUAG